UACUUCGAGGUGCCCUUUGACUCCAACAUGAACCGUACGAAGAACCGUCCACUCGUCAGAGGACAGAUCAGUCCCCUCCACGCGGUGUCCUUCGCUCUCGCCUGUGGAGUACCCGGAGUCGCUCUGCUCACGCUGGCUGUAAACCCGUUAACAGGCUUCCUGGGUGCCCUCAACAUCUUUCUCUACACCUGCUGCUACACACCUCUCAAGAGGCUCAGCAUCACCAACACCUGGGUGGGAGCGUUGGUGGGCGCGAUACCUCCUGUCAUGGGCUGGACGGCUGCCACUGGGUGUCUCCAUCCAGGUGCUUUGUUGCUGGGUGGUUUCCUGUACAGCUGGCAGUUCCCUCACUUCAACGCCCUCAGCUGGAACUUGAGGGAGGACUACUCCCGUGGCGGCUACCGCAUGAUGUCCGUCACCCACCCUGGCAUGUGCAAGCGGGUGGCCCUGCGCCACAGCCUGGCUCUGGUGGGCCUGUCGACCUUAGCGCCCCUGUUGGACGUCACCACCUGGACUUUCCCGCUCAUCUCAUUACCCAUCAACCUGUACAUCAGCUACCUGGCCUUCCGCUUCUACCGCAAGGGCGACCGCAGCAGCGCCCGCCGGUUGUUCUUCUGCAGCCUGUGGCACCUGCCCAUGCUGCUGCUGCUGGCGCUCACCUGUAAGAAGCCUCGCAGGGAACAGGAAGAUGCGGCGGCUCCGCCUGCGGCUGCUUCUUCUUCCACCGUCGCUCUGCAGAGCUAACUCCUCUAACGCCUCAACGCCUCUGAACUGAACUGAGCUGCUGCCUCAGAUUUUCUCGGACCACUCGUCCUGCUGAGUCGGGGGCAGGGUGAUGGUCACGUUAUUUUACCUGUUUAAUGGAAGCCAGUGGUGCUCACUGCAGAUCAGGAACGAUUGUGAUCAAAACAGCCGAUUUACAGAAAAACACACUGAAUUAUUCCACCACCUUGUGAUCAUUUCAAUGUGUGUGUGUACUGUGUAUAUUCUGUAUUUAUUUAUAAGGGGCCCAACAGUUCCUCCGUGUUGUACAGCGUACAUUGCUCCUGUGGAUCCACGCAGCAGCUCCGUCUGCAGAUUUACCCGAUGCGUUGUCGAAAUGCAAAUUAGAAGAUGGACACGAAACCAAAAGAUUUAUAUUUGAUUUAAGAAAAUAGAAUAUAAACAUACUCAGAAGCAUUUUGCGACUCAGCGAUUUCAGUGAUGGGUCUGUCUUUUACGUGAUGGUUUAUUUCAACACGGUUCACCGGCACCAGAACAAACGGAACGGUUGACUCCUGCAGGAAAACACAAGAGUAAACGUUCUCUGAACAAUAAACAAGUCAUGAUUGUGAUUCUG